CGUCUAUUCACGCCGGCGUUGAGAAGUCGGUCUGCGGAGCUAUAAUAAAGGGAAUCGAAGGCGUCUUUGCCCAUUUCACAAGUCAGGCAAGCUCUUAAAAAUCCUUUCUCUAAAACGAGCUACUGCUCUCAUCAGCUCUUGCUCAGUCAUGGCGGACAUGGAAGUCGAUUUCAGGCAGUACGAACUGAGGUGUGAACUUCGCGGCCACGACGACGAUGUUCGGGGCAUAUGUGUAUGCGAUAGUGCCGGGAUAACAACUUCUUCACGAGACAGGACUGUGAGGUUCUGGACUCCAGAUCCAUCGGCCAAGCACAACUAUACCUCGUCAAAAAUCUUGCUGGGACAUACAAGUUUUGUGGGUCCAUUGACUUGGAUUUCACCGAAUGACGAGUUCCCAGAAGGAGGGAUUGUCUCGGGAGGAAUGGAUACUCUGGUUUUAGUUUGGAACUUAAGUACUGGAGAGGUGGUGCAGACUCUGAGGGGGCAUCAGUUGCAAGUUACUGGAGUUGUGUUGGAUAAUGAGGAUAUAAUCUCAUCUUCAGUUGAUUGCACUCUGAAACGGUGGAGGAAGGGCCAAGCUGUUGAGUCCUGGGAAGCUCACAAGUCACCUGUGCAAGCUGUUAUAAAACUUCCAUCCGGCGAGCUUGUUUCAGGUAUGAGUUUUGGUUCUAGUGACACAACUAUUAAGCUCUGGAGAGGAAAGACUUGUUCGCACACCUUUGUGGGGCAUACAGAUACUGUCCGCAGCUUGGCAGUCAUGCAUGGACUGGGCUUUCUGUCUGCAUCCCAUGACGGGUCCAUUAGAUUGUGGGAAUUGACUGGCGAAGUACUGAUGGAGAUGGUUGGCCACACUUCUAUAGUCUAUUCAGUUGAUUCUCAUUCUUCUGGACUUAUCAUCAGCGGCAGUGAGGAUCGCUCAGCAAAGAUAUGGAAAGUACUGAUUCACUACAAUGUUUCAGAUGGAAUCUGUGUUCAGAGCAUAGAACAUCCAGGUUGUGUCUGGGAUGCCAAGUUUUUGGAGAACGGGGACAUUGUAACUGCAUGUUCAGAUGGAGUAGUACGUCUUUGGACAUCAAAUCAGGAUAGAGUUGCUGACAAGACUGAGUUAGAAUCCUACAUGUCUCAGCUUUCCCAAUACAAGAUAAGCAGGAAGAGGGUUGGAGGUCUGAAACUGGAAGAAUUACCUGGCCUGGAUGCUUUACAAACUCCAGGAACCACUGAUGGACAAACAAAAGUGGUCAGAGAAGGUGACAGUGGAGUUGCGUAUUCAUGGAAUUUGAGAGAACACACGUGGGACAAAAUUGGUGAAGUUGUUGAUGGACCAGAUGAUGCCGUGAAAAGCCCUAUCCUUGAUGGCGUUCAGUAUGACUUUGUAUUCGAUGUUGAUAUUGGAGAUGGUGAGCCUAUUCGUAAACUGCCGUACAAUCGAUCAGAUAACCCGUAUGAUACUGCUGAUAAGUGGCUUCUAAAGGAGAAUCUUCCUCUCUCUUAUCGUCAACAAAUUGUGGAGUUCAUACUUCAGAAUGCUGGACAAAAGAGCAAUCCUUUUGAUCCAUCAUUCCGUGACCCUUAUACUGGCGCAAGUUCGUAUGUACCUGGAGGAACUUCCAAUAUCUCUGGUGGUCCAGCAAAACCUAAUUUCAAGCAUAUCCCCAAGAAAGGGAUGCUUGCUUUUGACGGGGCUCAGUUUGAUGGGAUUGUGAAAAAGAUUACAGAGUUCAACAGUGCUCUACUUUCUGACGAGGAUAAAAAGCACAUUUGUCUCUCAGAACUGGAGGUAUUGAGACUGGGUGCCAUUAUCAAAGUCUUGAAAGACACAUCUCAUUAUCAUACCAGUAAAUUCGCUGAUGUUGACAUUGCUUUACUGCUGAAAUUACUACACUCAUGGCCUCCUACGAUGAUAUUCCCAGUGAUUGAUAUUCUUAGGAUGACUGUCCUACAUCCUGAUGGUGCUAAGGUUCUUCAGAAGCAUUUCAAAGAUGACAAUGAUAUGCUGAUGGAAACGUUCAGGAGAGUUACAGGAGAUAAUCCUCUUGCCCCAAACCUUUUGACCAGUAUCCGUCUUGUAACUAAUCUCUUCAAAAAUUCAUUGUACCACAGCUGGCUGCUAAAGCAUCGCAACGAGAUUCUUGAUGCAUUCUCGAAUGUUAAUACAUCCCCAAACAAGAACUUGCAGUUGGCUUAUUCAACCAUGAUACUUAACUAUGCAGUUCUACUAAUAGAGAAGAAAGAUGAAGAGGGUCAAUCACAUGUUCUUUCUGCCGCUCUUGAGAUAGCAGAACAGGAAAGUCUGGAUGUUGAUUCGAAGUUCCGGGCUCUUGUCGCCAUUGGAUCCCUCAUGCUUGAUGGUCUGGUGAAAAGAAUAGCUUUGGACUUUGAAGUCGAUAAGAUUGCAAAAGAAGCCAAGACGUCCAAGGAUGCUAAGAUCUCUGAAGUAGGAGCUGAUAUCGAAAUGCUAGUGAAGCAGCCAUGAAACCCGUGUUUCCCUAGGUAAAAUGUUGCUUUGAAUGUGAGAACAGUAAAUGCAGCAUUUCCCUCAAUUGUUCUUGAUCCUGUUCUUUCUAUGUGAUAGGUUAUGCAGAUGGAAAGGGACCUCAGUUAAUCGAUAGCAAGACCCUUUAGAAGCCCAGUUCUUGGCUUGCUUGUACGAGUUAACUUCCGCCUAUGCACUAAACAUUAGAGAAACAUAGUUUCUUCCAACGGCUAGAAACAUUUAUCACAAGCGGAUUCUCGAAGUUGUUGGUUCAUAUCGCCUUUUUAGCGGUUACAUGUACCAUUCCGUGCAAACUAGUGCCUGACAAUGUGAACCAAGAACCUGCUUUCUUGUUUGAGUACUUGCAGCGAGCAGUGAAAUCAGAAGGCUCACAGAUGACAGAACUAGUAGCUUAAGCAGCAACAAUUGAGCCCCUGUUUCGCACUUUUCUCGUACUAACAAUCAAAACACGGUUGCAUCAGCUAGAUAAUGUCGUUUGAAGGAUUCGAAUCACGAUUCAAUAGUUUUUAUUGCUAGACUCCUCCUCUCAAACUUACAACUGAAGUUGUAGCUACGACAGUCCGUCAGAAGAGCCCGAAUUUCGCUUAGGCAGCCCUGUUGUCUUCUUCUUCUUCUUCCACCUAGCAUAGAAUCUCUGGUCGCUCCACAUCAGCAUCAUAUUCAGCUUCACCCUAACGUUCAUGUCCUUCAAAUGCAAAUGCCUCGGCACAAUCCUCUUCUCCAAGCUAAACCCGAAAUACUGCGGAAACUCCUUCAACUCGUCCAACCCUCUCUCCAUCUCCUUCACAAGGUAAACAUACUUGCGCCUCAAGUUAUUCUCCACACUGUACUUGAAUAUCGCAGGCAUCCUCGCACAGCACCUCGCCGCCUCCUCUUCCGAGAACCCUAUGCUCCUCAAGAACUCCACCUUGGACUGCAACUUCCCGACUCGAAUGUUCAACAAAUAGGCAUUCAAGAUGCUCGGCACGUGCAAAUUCUCCACCCCGAUUCGCCUGAGGUAGUCCAGCGUCGGCCGGAGACAGUGCUCCGCAUCGGAGAAGAGAAUGUCGGGGCAUCGGGUGAUCAGACCCCGAGACUGUUCAGGGGAAGCUCCAAGGUCGGAGGUGAGAAAUUGGAAGACGGGCUCGAUGUAGGAGACGUCGAAUUUGGGGGAGAAGAGCUCGGGGCCGAUGGAGGCGAGGCGGGGGAAGUCGGCGUUGGAGAAGCCCUUGGAUUUGAAGAAGUCGACGAUGGAGAUGAUUUUGGAGGUGGAAUCGGGAGAUGGGAGCUUGUGGAGUUGUGUGUUUGGGUGGACUACCCCUAUGGAUUUGAGGUACCGGAGAUGCUCGCGGCGGGUUGUGUCGAACUUGAUGUGGAUCGGCGGUGGUCCUGGUGGCGGCGAUGGGAGCCGCCGGCGGGAGGUGAAGGGUUUGGAGGAAGUGGAAGAAGAAGGCUGGAAGGAUAGAGAGUGGAGCAUUCUUGCGAGUUCAGUGCUCUGUUUUUUUGUGGGAGGGAAAGGACUGUG